GGUUCCAGCAGUGAGAUAUGCCGUUCAGCCACCGACGACGACAGCCACGUCUUGUCUAAGCUCCCGAAGGACAGCGACAAACAACGAAACCAAAACGACCGCAACGCCGACGCAGAGCCCUACUGCCGGCCAGAACACCCUCUCCUCGGAGAAAAGUCCUGUCGCAGCACGACCGUCCAGGAAACACGUCCAAUUCCCUGACACGGCCUCCGACAGCCAGAAGAGGAAAUCCGGUAAGUGUACGAGCGUAUUCACAUUGCCUGUACUCGAUUCUACGCAUAUAUUAUAUAAGGCUCAAGAGGCAGGCUGGCUUUUGGUUCAUUUUUCCUCAAAAAUUUGGAUCGUGUAAGAUUCAAGGACGAUUUGUACAUUCAAACGAAUGUGAGAAAUUCGAUCGGAAUUGCCAAUUUUUGCAUUAAAAAUUUUUUUUUAGGCGAAAAUCUCGAAGAAUUUUAAAAAGAUGUUGUGUUACAUGUUUGCGAGGACGGCUGAAACAAGCUUCGACUAUUUUCGAAUUAAACGAGCUUGGUAAAUUUCCAAUUUGUCGGAUUGUCGAGUAUUAAUCGGGCAGUUCUAUCUUAUCGUUGAUCGAGUUUCCAGCACUAGACGACCUCAAAAAUCGAUCGUGGUUAUUUCUGCAGUUACGCUGCUGGGACACAAAAUCCUUUGUUUGAAAAUUGUUAUUUGCGAACAGUGAAUUACAGCGUUUGUACGAGCAAAUUAUUUAUCAUUUACCUGGACAACGUUCAAAUGGAAAAUGCGUCCAUUGAACGUAGAUUCGCCUGCAUGCAAAUGCGUGCAUUUCUGUGAUUUCACUCCAUGUCGCUAUUACCAUUUAGCAACACUGAUCUGCCUUCCUCGAGACGUCGCAUUCUCACUGUGCAUGGCAUGUCUACGUGUGUAUGUUUCAGAUGUUCCACUCACGGUGUCAGUAGCUAAAAUGGAAGCAAAGAACGAACAGGCGACACCGUCGUCCUCGUUGAAGCUCGAGGAGGCCACGAUCGAUCAGAUUCUUCUGUCUCGGAAAAAUAGCUGUAACCAAGACACCUGAAGCUCAGAGUCUAUUUAUACGAUCGGCAGGUGAAACAGACGAUAAUGACAGAGAAUCUUCCUCUUGCCAUUUCUAUCGCCGAUUCUCUUUGCUCUUGGAGAAAAUUUAUUCGGCUUGCGAAUGGUUGCACACGUCGCCGAUGAAUAAUUUAUUCUCGAGUCGGUCGUGUGAAAUAAAAAACCGACCGAUCGAACGUUGAUUCGUUGCGAGUGCUGUCUCGAUCGAUCGUUACCUUUGCUCUGUCACUUUCGCAUUGACAUGUGAUCCUUUUUUACCAUACACUUCAUCAGAGACUGUCACACUAUCGUUGGGGAAGUCGAUUGAAAUUAUCAUAGAAGAAACAUCUAUCUUUGUAAAUGAUCGCCUUCACUUCUCGCAACGCAGUACACUUCAGAUACAUUUAUCAGUUCUAUUGUCAGCGGGAAUCGUGAAUGCAAAUGCAGGAUCGAAGACGAUCGGCUCGAACGUAAAGGGCAAAUAUUUGUACGAUUGUACGAUCAAUAUUGACGAUUUGUCGAUUCAGUGACAGUUUUGCCACCGCGAUAACGAACAUUGAUCUUCCAAUCGAAUAUCGACGGACUCCCCAUACAGUUCUUCAACAUCUUUGUUGUCAUCUGCGAAAGAUUAUACAACAAAAUAUUCUACGCGCGAGUGAAAUUGUACGACCAAUCUGAUCAAUCUGAGUAUUUUUGUAUUACACGUCUUUGGAGAGAUUUGUAUUUUCCGGCCAAAGGAGAACGCCCUCUAGUUUUCUUCCUUUUUUUAGAAAGAAACUUUUGCAAAAUUGUUUAUUUCGUACCGGUUCGAAUACACGCUCGUUAAAACACGCUUGUUCCUUGGUUUCUAAUGACGGCGGUACUCUCGAAACUCGCCCACUAUGAUGAAAUAAAGCAUGUUUUCUAGCCAAAUGUCGAUCGCGAUAUUUGUCGAUUUGCAGACUGUCCGUACUCUCAAAUGUACAUAUUACUGUAAAUUACAAUGUGUGUUGCCGUACCUGUUGUAUAUAGAUCCCGGAUAAGGGACUUUUAAAAGGCUGUUCUAACAUUUUCAAUAAAUAAUUCAUGUGGUUUUUUUUUUUUUUAAUCUUGUUUCUCCAGUAACGAUAUCUCCUUUUAUUAUUGUUAAUCGUAAGUUUCCAAGCUUCUCGAUUCGUCACGCACUUCGACCAAAGUCGAUCACUUUUUCAUCCCCUCGAUGAAAUACUUCCUGACCUGCAACAGCGAUUUUCUCUUCGUCUCUGGGAAGUAAAACGCCAGGAAGGGGGUGCUGAAUGCGUUCAAUCCGGAAAUAAACCAGAAGGCAAGCGAAUAUACGUUGUACUGGGACACGAUCCAACGCCAGACAUGCAACACAAUAAACGACCAUGUGAAAUUUGUAGAAAAACAGAAGCUGGCGCACGUUGCUCUUGCGUACAUAGGAAAUAUCUCGUUCGUGACAACGAAAGGCACGCUGGCCAAUCCUAAAGAGACGCUAAUGGUGUAAAGCAAUACUGUUACAAAGAACAACGCCUGAAGACUCGUGGUAUCUAUAGCAUUCUCUUGCAAGCACGAGUAGACGGCCAGAAAGAAGCUGCAAGUGGAAACGCCUACGGCGGACAUGAUCAUUAGAGGUCUUCUGCCUAAACGAUCCACUAAGCUAAUACACACGAGAUAAGAGAUCAGAUACACCGUUGCUAAAACGAAGUCGAUAUAGGCCGCGUGUAAUUGAACGUCGUGCAUCUUCUCGAAGACUGUUCGAGCAUAACCGAUAAUAACAAUCGGGCCUGAGAGCGCUUGCACCAGCAUCACAGCCACGCCGAUCAAGAUCGCGGUUUUCCCCCCUGAAAGAAAGUCGAAUAUUUAUACAAUACAUCAUCAUAGAUCCAUGAAAUUCGAAAAUGAAAGAGUCGAAUAGCUCUUGAAUUACGGAUGUUUGAGAUUUGACCAAAUAUUUUACUUACCUGGCUCGGAAAUUAAGUGCAAGAGGGAAGACAAUAUCCCGCUGCUUCGCGGAUCGAAUUCCACUGCUUUCAUAAUCGAAUCCAUUUCCUCGGCAACAUCACCUGUGCCACGCAACAGUAUCAAGGAAUCCAUAGCAGCGGCUAAUCGUUUCUGACGUAGCAAGUAAUAAGGAGUUUCAGGGGACCAGACGAACACCACGAAUUGCAGCAUUGCCAACGACAUAGCCACGUAUGAGUAUGUGUGCACGGUGGCAAACGAGCCGAUUACGCAACCCAGAAGAUCACCGCAAUAAUCCAUUAAUACGAAGCAACUGCACAAUGCACCGCGAAUGUGCGCAGGGGAGAUCUCUGUGACGAACGUCAAACCGCUCGUGAAAAUUAUGCCACUGGCGAUCCCGCCUACGAAAUGGCCCACGUACAUGUCCUGGAAAUAUGGAGAAAUCACGUUUAAGUUCAGUUUAACCUGCGAAUGUCGGAGACUCGAUGGGUUCCAUGCUAUCAGUAACCAACUCAGGCAUGUCGGGAAGACCGUGAAUAAUAUCGAGACCUUUCUCCCUAGAACAUCGACGAUGAAUAUGGAAAGGAAGCAUCCGAUGGCUGUACCGAGUUUUAAUAAAGACACUAUCCAGAAAGCUUCGUUGCCAGUGAUUUCAAACGGGAAGUCGUCGACCGACAAUGCAGGCAUCCAUUUCGAAAACAGACCCGCGUUCAAUUCGGCCAAGCACACUGUCUUAACGCAACAAUUAUCAAUUUUAUAUAUAUAUAUAUAUGUAUAUAAUUAUAAUUUAUCAGUUGGUCAUUCAACAAUUAUUAUCUAUAAAACAGAUAACGCAAUUUACAGAGUUUUCUUUACCUACGAAAGUCACCAAAUAA